AUGGCGCGGGGAGACGUCCCGCAGGACAGCUACCACCUGGUCGGGGUCAGCUUCUUCGUCCUCGGGCUGGGCACGCUGCUGCCCUGGAACUUCUUCAUCACGGCCAUCCCGUACUUCCAGGGGCGGCUGGCAGGGCCCAACAGCACUCUCCUGACCUUGGGCGCCAACCACACGGGCCCGGCCGACACCUUCAACUUCAACAACUGGGUGACGCUGCUGUCCCAGCUGCCCCUGCUGCUCUUCACGCUGCUCAACUCCUUCCUGUACCAGUGCAUCCCUGAGGUGGUGCGGGUCCUGGGCAGCCUGCUGGUCAUCCUGCUGCUCUUCGCCCUGACGGCGGCCUUGGUCAAGGUGGACAUGACCCCCCGGCCCUUCUUCUCCGUCACCAUGGCCUCCGUCUGGUUCAUCAACUCCUUCUGCGCGGUCCUGCAGGGCAGCCUGUUCGGGCAGCUGGGCACCAUGCCCUCUACCUACAGCAGCCUCUUCCUCAGCGGCCAGGGCCUGGCUGGCAUCUUCGCGGCUCUCGCCAUGCUCAUGUCCAUGGCCAGUGGCGUGGACGCCCAGACCUCUGCCCUGGGCUACUUCAUCACACCCUGUGUGGGCAUCUUCGCGUCCAUCGUGUGCUACCUGAGCCUGCCCUACAUGGAGCUCGCCCGCUACUACCUGGCCAGGAAGCCGUCGCUGGCACAAGGUCGGGAGCUGGAGACCAAAGCUGAGCUCCUGCAGGCUGACGAGAAGAACGGGAUCCCCAGCAGCCCUCAGAGGGCGGCCCUGACCCUGGAACUUGACCCUGAGAAGGAGCCGGAGCUGGAGCCAGAGGAGCCCCAGAAGCCAGGAAAACCUUCCGUGUUCAUCGUCUUCCGAAAGAUCUGGCUGACGGCGCUGUGCCUUGUGUUGGUCUUCACAGUCACCCUGUCCGUCUUCCCCGCCAUCACCGCCAUGGUGACCAGCUCCACCAGUCCUGGGAAGUGGAGUCAGUUCUUCAACCCCAUCUGCUGCUUCCUUCUCUUCAACAUCAUGGACUGCCUGGGGCGGAGCCUGACCUCGUACUUCCUGUGGCCGGACCAGGACAGCCGCCUGCUGCCCCUGCUGGUCUGCCUGCGCGUCCUGUUCAUCCCGCUCUUCAUGCUGUGCCACGUGCCCCAGCGGUCCCGGCUGCCCACCCUCUUCCCGCAGGACGCCUACUUCAUCACCUUCAUGAUGGUCUUCGCCGUGUCCAACGGCUACCUGGUGUCCCUCACCAUGUGCCUGGCGCCCAGGCAGGUGCUGCCCCAUGAGCGAGAGGUGGCCGGCGCCCUCAUGACCUUCUUCCUGGCGCUGGGGCUGUCCUGCGGGGCCUCCCUGUCCUUCCUCUUCAAGGCACUGCUCUGA